ACACACCCUCUCACCCCCCUCUCUCUCUCUCCCUCUCUCUCCCUAUCUCUGUCUCUCUAUGAUACUGACCUUUCCUUUCAUUUUCUUCUCCUUUUCUCUCUGCUGAUUCUAGCCGCCAUUAGUAGCUACUGCUCUUUUCUUGUCCUUCUAUGUAAUAAAUACUACCCUAUGUGCUUGGAAACCAAAGACUCCAAGAAAAUAUUGUUGCAAUAUUAUAAAGCAAAACCAAAGCAUACUUUUGUACUUGCCCUAGUCUUUGACUCUUGAACACACACACAGAUAACACAGAUACACUUAUGCCUGUCAACCAUCUUUAUGUUGCUACUCUCCUAUUUAAUGCCUCUGUUCCUCUUCUGCUUCAUGCUUUCAUACAUUAUAUUUUCUUCCUCCAUUAGUAGACAGAGUUAAGUGGGGUUUGUCUACAAUCUUUGAUUUCUCCUUCGUUUCUUGCUCUAAUCAAUCACAAAAAACUGAAACUUGGAUCAUCACUCCCUUUCAACCUUUGAAGAAAGUUCUUUUACAUGCUAGUUUAGAAACAACAACAACGAUGACAGAGAAAGAACUGGAUUUCUAUUCUCACAAACUUCCCUCUGCUUCUCAGGUUGUUGAGGAGCUAAAAGAGUUAUGGGGCAUGGCUUUGCCAAUAACAGCUGCUCACUUAAUGGCCUUUUUUAGAGCAGUGGUCUCAGUUAUGUUCUUGGGCAGGCUAGGCAGUCUAGAACUAGCUGGUGGUGCACUUUCCAUUGGGUUUACAAACAUCACUGGUUACUCUGUCCUUGUGGGCUUAGCUUCUGGGCUAGAGCCAGUCUGUAGCCAAGCUUAUGGCAGCAAGAAUUGGGACCUCCUUUCACUCUCUCUUCAACGCAUGAUCUUGAUACUAGGCAUUGCAAUCAUACCCAUAAGUCUCUUGUGGCUUAAUCUUGAAUCAAUCAUGAAUUUUAUGGGCCAAGAUCCAAAUAUUACUGCAAUGGCUGCAACUUACUGUAUUUACUCUCUCCCAGACCUUUUAACCAACACUUUAUUACAGCCCUUGAGGGUUUUCUUAAGGUCACAGGGGGUGACAAAACCCUUGAUGUAUUGCUCUUUAUUGGCCGUUAUUUUCCACGUGCCGUUGAACUAUGUUCUUGUUGUGGUGAUGGGGUGGGGGGUCCCUGGGGUGGCUUUGGCAUCAGCCGUGACUAACAUGAACAUGGUGGUGUUGAUGGUGGCGUAUGUGUGGUGGGUUAGUGGACAGUGGGAGAUGAGAUGGAGGGUCGAGAUUGGAGGUGUGUGUGGUGGGGUGGGACCACUUUUGAAGUUGGCAGUCCCUAGUUGUUUAGGGAUUUGCUUGGAGUGGUGGUGGUAUGAGAUAGUGACUCUCUUGGCAGGGUACUUGCCUAAUCCCACACUGGCGGUGGCCGCCACUGGGAUACUAAUCCAGACCACUAGCAUGAUGUACACUGUCCCCAUGGCACUUGCUGGCUGUGUCUCUGCUCGGGUAGGGAAUGAACUUGGAGCUGGAAAGCCGUACAAAGCCAAGUUGGCCGCCAUGGUUGCACUGGGUUGUGCCUUUGUGAUUGGUAUUCUCAAUGUGACAUGGACAGUAUUCCUUAGAGAGCGAUGGGCUGGCUUGUUCAUUAAAGAUGUGCGUGUUAAAGGUCUUGUAGCAGCUGUUUUGCCAAUAAUAGGCCUCUGUGAGCUUGGCAACUGCCCUCAAACAACUGGCUGUGGCAUCCUACGUGCCACGGCACGGCCCGCUGUCGGGGCUGGUAUAAAUUUGGGCUCAUUUUACUUUGUGGGCACCCCAGUGGCAGUGGGGCUGGCCUUCGGGCUAGAUGUCGGGUUUUCUGGACUGUGGCUAGGGCUCUUGUCAGCCCAAGCGGCUUGUGCUUUGUCUAUCCUUUAUGUUGUGUUGAUCCGUACAGAUUGGGAACAUGAGGCUCUGAAGGCCAAGGAGUUGACCAGCAUGGAAAUGAGUGCAUGCAAUGGCGUUGGUCGCAAACAACAUGAAGAAUACGAAGAAGAGAGUAAAGGGUUGUUAAUGAAUGUUAAUGGUAACAUGGUAGAUGAUGUUUGAAGGAGAGGGUGAGAUUUGAGAUGGUAGCAUGGUGCUUGGCUUUAUUAGAUUUCUUUUGAAUUUUUAGUUGCUUUUUGGGGAGGAUAUGAAUAGUUGGAAUUUUGUGUCGCCCUUUUUUUCGUUGUUUUGAUCGGGUUGUCAUGGAGAACCUAUUCGUGAAGGUUGUCAUGGAGCUCUUUUGUGGCCAGAAAGAAUGGCACUCCGAAUGUAAAAGCACUCUUUCUUUAAAGAGGAAUGGCCUACAUCUUGCUUCUUCAAA